UCAACCCUCGAGACGACUCGCUCCGAACUUUCCAGAAUCACGUUAGGAACAGGACUGUCUUUGUUAAAGCCCCCUUCCUACAAUGCCAUUUUCGAUUCCAUUGCAAAAGUCUCCGACGGUUUCUAUCUGAGAAAUCCAAGAGGAUAUUUGCCAUGGCCGACGAGGCUAAAUCCAAGGGUAACGCUGCCUUCUCCGCCGGCCGCUUCUCCGAAGCCGUCCGAUUCUUCACGGAAGCCAUCGAUCUGGCCCCCACCAAUCACGUCCUCUACUCCAACCGCUCCGCCGCGUACGCUUCUCUCCAGCAAUACUCUGAUGCCCUUGCCGACGCCCAAAAGACCGUCGAUCUCAAGCCCGACUGGGCCAAAGGCUACAGCCGUCUCGGCGCGGCGCACGUCGGCCUCGGCAGCCUCGACGAUGCAAUCGCCUCUUACAAGAAGGGCCUCGAGAUCGACCCCAACAACGAGGCGCUGAAAUCGGGAUUGGCCGAUGCGCAGGCCGCCGCCGCCGCUGCCGCACGAUCUCGCGGGCCUCAGUCGUCGCCUUUCGGAAACAUUUUCCAGGGCCCGGAUGUGUGGACGAAGCUGACAGCGAACCCGGCGACGCGGGGAUAUCUGCAGCAGCCUGAUUUCUUGAAGAUGAUGCAGGACGUGCAGCGGAACCCGAACAAUCUCAAUUUGUAUUUGAAGGACCCGCGAAUGCUGGCGGUGCUUGGGGCUUUGUUGAAUGUGGAACUGAGGACGGGAACACAGGACGAGAUGGAGAGGGAGGUGCCGAUGCCGGAGCCGGAAGUGAAGAACCAGGUGGAGUCGGAGGUAGCGAGGGAGGUCGAGCCAGAGCCCACUGGUGUUAUGGAUGAGAAGAAAGAGGAGAGGGAGAGGAAGGCAGAUGCUCAGAAGGAGAAGGAGGUGGGUAAUGCAGCCUACAAAAAGAAGGAUUUUGAGACAGCAAUUCAGCAUUAUACAAGGGCAAUGGAACUUGAUGAUGAGGAUAUAUCGUUUCUAACGAACAGGGCAGCAGUUUAUAUGGAGAUGGGAAAGUAUGACGAUUGCAUCAAGGAUUGUGACAAAGCUGUUGAGAGGGGCAGAGAGCUUCGUUCAGAUUAUAAGAUGGUUGCAAGGGCCUUGACUAGGAAGGGAACUGCCUUGGUGAAGCUUGCAAAAUGCUCCAAGGACUAUGAGCCAGCGAUUGAAGCUUUCCAGAAAGCCCUGACUGAGCAUCGCAAUCCUGACACAUUGAAAAAACUUAUUGAUGCAGAGAAAGCAAAGAAGGAUUUGGAGCAACAGGAGUAUUUUGAUCCACAAAUAGCAGAUGAGGAGCGUGAGAAAGGCAACGAAUUUUUCAAGCAACAGAAGUAUCCAGAGGCUGUGAAACAUUACACAGAAGCCCUGAGAAGGAACCCACGAGAUCCAAGGGUGUACAGCAACAGGGCAGCAUGCUAUACCAAACUGGCUGCCUUACCGGAGGGUUUGAAAGAUGCUGAAAAAUGCAUUGAGCUAGAUCCAACCUUUUCGAAAGGAUAUACAAGGAAAGGCACCGUCCAGUUCUUUAUGAAGGAAUAUGACAAAGCACUGGAGACGUACCAGGAUGGGCUAAAACACGACCCAAACAACCAGGAGUUGUUAGAUGGCGUGCGAAGAUGCGUUGAACAGAUCAAUAAGGCAAACCGAGGGGAUAUCAAUCCAGAUGAAUUGCAAGAGAGACAGGCAAAGGCAAUGCAGGAUCCAGAAAUUCAGAACAUUCUAUCUGACCCCAUCAUGAGACAGGUAUUGGUUGACUUCCAGGAGAACCCCACAUCUGCACAGGAUCAUCUCAAGAACCCACAAGUGAUGCUCAAGAUCCAAAAGCUGAUCAGUGCAGGGAUUGUCCAGAUGAGAUGAGGCAAGAACAACCAAGUAUUUAAUCAUUUCUGCUCUCCACCCAUGCCUUGGAUUGGUAAACUCGGUUUCAUUUUUUGGAUAGAUUGAUAAACUUGGUUUCAUUUUUAUGGUUUUGAUUGGCUAUUUAGCUUUUUUCUCUUCCUUCCUUUGGGAAUAGCAUGUCAUUCAUGGACUCUUUCGAGUCAGAUCUGAUGUUGCUCCUGGUGCUUUGUACGGUACUGCAGAUAAAAGAGAUUGAAACCAGUUUUGAAUACAAUUUGUUGAAUCUAUGUAAACAGACAUUACAUCUCUCAA